AUGGCUUCUUCCUCGUCUCCUUUGUCUCAAGGACGACUAGGGACGUUGAAAAGCCUUAAUAGUAAUAGCGAACUCUCAACCCAAACAACUCAUACCACCCAUUCAACCCGGAUUGAUCCUACUACACCUUCUGCUGAACUUGAUACUUACAACAACGGCUCUCGUUUCUCAACAGCAAUAUUGCUGCCGUCCUUAUCCACCAACCAACAACAACCUCAACAAUCUCAACCACCACCGACGAACUCAUCAUUGUUCCUUAAAUAUCCUCAUCCCAUGAUGGAAACCAGUGAUUCCUCACUGUACCGAUCCGUUCUAGACUCACUAGUGGAUGAAAAUUGUUGUUCCAAUGGCUCCAGUAUCAGUUGUGGGUCCAACAUCGAUCAAGAAGGAGAAGAUGAAUUCAUCGCAACAACCACUACCACGGUUGAGUCAGAAGAUGGUAUCAAUGAUGAAAUUAUUGAAUACAUGUCUCUUCCCAAAUUACCUUCUUUGACCACACUAACAAAAGAGAAGGAGGAUGAAAAAAUCAUUGAAUCAAAAGAAACCAACAUUCAAAAUGAGACUGUUCAGUCGCAACAAUUCAAGAAACACUCUCCAAGAUCCACUUGGAUGAUUUCUAAACAUCUUUCGUUCACUUCUGUCCAACAUGAAAUGACCUUAAACACUUCCACUCAACCAACAAGUAACGAUCCAAAUUUGGAAAUGAAAGAAAUUUCUAAUUCUCCAUCAACUUCCAGUGUUAUAGAGAUUCCUACAAUCAUCACGGAUCAAGCCUCGCACUCUUCAUCUAGUUUGUCACUUAAACGAGCUUCUUCUUUGAUUCAACAUCCCAAUUCUAAUCUGUUGACUUAUUCAAAGAGUAGCAACAGCAUUCAGAGUGCUAGUAAGAUCAAUAUUCAUACUCUGAGCGAGAGUAGCUUUAAAGUUAUUCCAAAGAAAGGGAAAGUUGUACCAGACUAUGAGGAAGUUGAAUCAAUUAAUUCCUCAAGUGACACUCCAAAGCCAGCAAGAAUCUUUCAUCAAUCUUCCAAGUUUUAUAGAGUCAGCAGUUUUUCUUCGAUAGGUACUGACUCCACAACCACUUCACAAAAAUUACGAUCCAAAACAACAUCGUUCAAUUCCAACCAAUAUGUCAACCUGCAGAAGAAAGGGAAACCUAUUUUAAAGAAAUCUAAAUCUUCUUCAGCUUGUUUUUACGCACCACGACCUUUGACUAGCGAAGAAGCAGCGGAAAAUCAAAAGAAAAUUUAUUUCAAUGAGCAAGUCCAAAUACGUGAAUUUAGAACUUUGUAUGAAGGUCGCUCUCGAAGAAUGUACAGAUUCUCAUUUUGGUCAAGAAACAUAGUUGCUCAUGUCAGCCUUUUACUAUGCUUCACAAUUUUGUUUUUUGCAUUUAUUGUUUUAUUUAUUUUCGGCAAUUCGAUUCAAAUAACCUGUGACACAGAUUACAUGAAAUAUUUUCUACUUUCUGACUCUUUGAAUUGUUUGAGCUUUGCAUUGUUCUUUAUAUUCCUGAUUAUUUUUCAGUGUAGAGAGGGAAAGAGGAGGAGAUUAUCAAAGCGUUCGAAAUCAAACCAUCCUCAAAAAUCCAAGUCCAAAAAGAAGCCAGUGGUUAAGAAAGAGCACAAGUUUGUCCAUCAAGAUAGUUUUAGUUUGUAUAGAAAUUUAUUUAGUACCUCCAUUUCAUUAGAGCCUCUUAAAGAUGAAGAGAGUAGUCCAUCUGGAACAACUGAUUCGCCCGUAACCUCAUCAUCUUCUUCUAAAUUUAAGCUUAGUCCAUUUGCGAAAACCAUGAUUGGAAUUGUAUCAUGGAUUGUAUUGCAUGUAUGGGGAUUAGCAUCCAUUGUGAGUGUCAUUGACGCUGGUACUUGCGUUACAGGUAUUGGACUAGUAUAUUACAUUCCCAACAUGCUUCACUUUACGGUGAUGUUGUUAUUGAGCAUCUCUGAGAUCAUUAUUAUCUUCGCCUCAAUCCUCCGAUAUUGA